GCGCCGCCGCUUUAUCCUCCCGUAUCCCGGCUGACCUUGCUCUCCAGGCCACGUCCCUGGGCGUCCGGAGGGGCGCGCUAGCGGCUGCCGCUCUAUGGUGCAGCUGGGAGGUGUCAUGGCGGCCGUCGAGGUGGCAGCCCAAGCUGGAGGCCCCACGGCUGACUGAAGAAAGGAGCCCGGGCUGGAGGGGAAGCGCGAGGUGCUUCAUGGCGGCCCCGGAGCUCUGAGGGAGGCCCAGCAGCUGGCUUCCCUUCUCUGGGCUGCUCCCCGAGGCAGGCGGGCGUGGGGAAGCGGCGCUGAGGGGAACCGGCGGCGGCAGCUGCUCUUGGCGGCGGCGCCUUGUUUUUCGCCUUGGACAGCUGAGCGGCAGCGGUGAUGGCGUCGUGGCUGGGCGGCCUGGGAGCGGGACUGGGGCAGUCCCUGGUGGGCCAGGUGGGAGGCAGCCUGUCCACCCUGACCGGUCAGAUCUCCAGCUUCACCAAGGAUAUGCUGCUGGAAGGCGGCGCGGAGGAGAUGGGAGGUAAGGAAGGUGGGUGGGUGGGAGGGAGGGAGGGGAAGGUGGCAGCACUCAGGGGUCCCCAGCAUAGAGAAGACAAAAGGAAAGACACGGGGGGGGGGGGAAUCAAAAGUGUCCUGAAUACCGGAGGGGAGUAGCUCUGAUGCUGGGAGUUGUCUAUAAAUGCCAAAUGUGCUCUUGGGAUGGGGAAGGGUGGAGUUAAAAUCCUAGAAUCGUAGAGUUGGAAAGGGCCCCCCGAAAGUCAUCUCGUGCGACCCACUGCAAUGCAGGAAUCUCAGUUAAAGCAUCCACGGCAGAAUGACAGAGUUAAGGGUAUCAAUAUGUACUUUAUUUUUAUUUUUUGGCAAAGGGUGUUUAAGGAGAAAUCACUGGGUUAAAGCUGACCAAAAGUCCACAGGUAGUAUUGUCAAUUGAUUUAGCAUGGGGCGGAAGGUUCGCAGGCCAGGAAGGACUUGCUCACGAAUUUGUUGACAGCUGCCCCAGUUAUUGUCGAUAGGAAGGGGGCAAGGUGAGUGUAAAAUGGAAGAAUGGUAUAAAGAGGUGUGGGAUAUAGCUAUUAAUGGUAAAUUGACAUGUGCUAUUAAGGUAAGAUGGGGAAUGUGCAGGAGAAAUGAUUUCGAGGAGAUGUGGAAGGUGUUUGUAGGUUUUGUACUGUUAAAACGGAAAGGGGUCAGACCAUCACAAGUGGUGCUGAAAUUUUGGGAGGUUGGGUGGUUACAGUGGAAUGGUCUCAGGGUGGAGUGCACAUCUUUAUUUUUAUUUUAUUUAUUAGUAUUGCUUUGUCAAAAAUUUUUAUUUUUUUAAAAAAUGACAGUUAAGGUUAGAUGACAGUUCCUGGGAUUCACAUUUAGGGAAGAGUGCUGCCAUGCUCAGUUCCCACUUUCGGGUUUCCCACGGGUAUCUGGUUGGCCUGUGUGAGAACAGGAUGCUAGACUAGAUGGGCCUUUGGUCUGAUUCAUCAGGGCUUUUCUCAUGUGGAGGCAAGGUAGCAGAGUCAGAUCGAGAGCUUAUGAAAGGGCAGGGAGGAUUGUUUUGAGUUGGAGCUACAAAUGUUGAAAUAAAAUAUCUUGCCCAUCCCAUCCAAAAAUACACAAGGCCACAAACAAUGUAAACAAAUUGUAACAAUAACAAAUACAAAACAAGCAAACUGUUAAAAGUGCCUUUUCUUGAAAAAAAAAGGAUGCUUUGGACAAAAAGUAGCAGAAGAAUCAAUUUUCAUAAAACAGUAUAUUGAAAGGAAAAGUCUUGACUGCUCACCAGAAAGCACACAGGAAUGGGACCUGGUGAAGUUCUUUUGGUAUGAUGUUGCACUGUUUUGGCACCUCCACAGAAACACGAACUUGCACCCAACAGGUUAGAUAUUGGGGGUUGGGGGAAAUGGCAUUAUUGUGAUAGGGGAGGACAGUAUUGGUCAAAAAUACAAUGAGGAUAUUUCAGAAAACUUUUAAAACUGGGACUGUUCAUGAAGAACAUCACAAAACAGCAGUCAACCAUGGAGAUCAUAAAGGAAGGAACAGUGUGGGACACCUGGCAGAAAACAAUAAGAAAUGCCUUGGAUAUUGUGCUGUUUGCUGGUGUAAUGACAACUGCCUAAGGCAAAUUACAUUUUUAAUGACAGGUGGAAUUUGUGGAUCAAGUGAGGAUAAUGUAUAGGUCACUGGCAAAAAAAAUUCUGUAUUUCUGACAGAGCUUUGUCCCUUUUAGCAUUUGGUUUUCAAUUGUUCGUUCUGUAUAUAUUGCUAUACCUGGGCAAUCUUAGAAAGCACACCACUAAUAUAAACUUCAUAGGAAGGUAUAUUAUGAAUUACAAACAUGUAAUACAAACAUGCUUUCCAUAAAAGGUUUGUACCAAUUUUUAAUAUUGUGAUGGUUAGUAACAUGCAACUUGAGUGUAGUUUUCUUUUUUGGUUGAUUUAAUCUCCAGUUGGCUUUGUUUCAUUUAGAAUAGUGUGUUUUAGAAAAUUUUAGCAACUUUUUUCAUUUCACUACUAAGCAAUUUAAAUUGUCAAGAGCUUUGGAGAACAGGUGGCAUAUGAGAAAGGAGGACAGCAAAAAUAAUUUUGGUCUCAUAACUAUUGCACAUCAUUAUUUUUAUGUCUAUCUUUCUCUUGUUAGAAAUGCAUAUACACUCAAUUGCAAAAGAAAGAUGAUGUCACAUAAGACAUUUUUCACUGUGUACACUCAGAAGGCAAAGUUCAGCCGUCGUGUUAAAGGUCUAUAUACUGUGACUGUUCUAUCAAGUAUCCAAUAAUAGUGGGAUUCCGGAGAUUAUCCAUUAUUCCAACAGGGUGUUGUGAAAAAAGCAAAGUAUUUCAGUUGCGUAGAACUUUUAGAACAUAAUAUUUGUAGGCAGUUUCUGGAAGAUACAUUUGAAUUUAAAACAUGUAGUGACUUCAUUGAAUAUCAAGUUUUUAAGUAAGUUUUCAAGCAUCUGUAUCUAUGUCCUUUUUACCUGCCAGUGACAUAGGAGUUUAAAGGUUGAGAACGUAUUUACUAAAUGCACCAAUAAAAUAUUCCAGCACUAUCCCUACUUGCAUUAUGUUUUAUUAUACACAAACAGUCACUAUAUUAUAAGGGAAGCAAAAUCUUUUCUAAGGAUCAGAAUUUCAUAUUCCGAGGAGAAUAUGGUUUACACAUAAUCUCUGAGAUUUAUGUAGGUAAGAAACAAUUAUAGUGGAGUCAACCUUCCUGUGUUGUUGUUUUUUGAAAAAGUGGUUAAAUAUCAAAAAUAUGGUCAGUCCAUUAUAUGUUUGUUUCCAUUUUAAAUCCAACACACAUGAAUUCUAAAAUGUUGUGUUGUUAUUUUUAAUUGACUCUCAGGCACUAAUACAGUACUGAUGUAGUAGUAGUUCAGUCUAAGAAAUCCUUUUAAAUAAUCUACCUUCAAUUGACACUUUUUAAUAUAUUGCCACUAAACCUAUCCACAUACAUAUACUGUUGUGAUAACUGAUUUCAUUUGUAUUCCCUUCUUCAUUCCUUUCAGGUUCUGCAGCAGACUUUCCUGUAUCCAGCUCCAGUCUGCGGGAUGUAGAAAAUAUUCAUGGAACACUGAGAUCAGAGGUAAAAAAUUAAUCUGUAAAAUCACACUGAAAAAAAUAAGACCUGUUCUUAAGCUUGGGCUUCUUGGCAUAUUUUCUGUACAGUAGAAUGUUGGUUUAAUUGAAUUUAGCAUUCUUUUCUUUGACGAUUCAGUUUACUUGUUUUCCCCUCUAGAAUGAGAGGCUGAAGAAGGCUUAUAAUGAUCUGGAAGAAAAGCAUGAAGCAGCAGAGCUUCAAAUAAAGCAACAGUCCAUAGAAUACCGGAAUCAGCUACAGCAGAAAGAGGUAUAAAGUGACACAGAAAUUGUUGUUCAGCAAGGGUGUGUACAUUGAUUGAUUGAUUGAUUGAUUGAUUGAUUAGAUUUAUAAGUUUUCACCCUAAGGGUUGGUGACAUGAUUCAAGGAUUUUGUGUGUAUGUGUGCAUUACUGUUUCUUUUAUUGAAAUAUAAUAUUAAUGGCUUUUUGUCUGAGUUUAGCUGCACUGGCUACCCGCAAUUUGCUUACCCAGUCAAAUUUUUGUCACUAAACAAAUAGGGAUAAUUGUAUCAGCUCUUCAUAUACUUCUUGAAUUGUUUCAGUGCGGUUGGUGGAAUUUCAAUGAAGGACUAAAACACAGAAAUACGUUAUGAAUGUCAUUUUAUGUUUGCCCAAAUCCCAGAGUGGUUUUCCUUCUCCAGGAGACAGUAGCAUAGCAUAAACCCUUAUCUUAAUCCAGAAUGCUGUUCCCACGAUAGCAGAUAUAUAUGUAAACACACAUUCUCUCUUUUAAGGCGGAAGAAUUACCCUUCAUUCUACAGCCAUCCACAUGGAUGCAUUGUCUUAUGAGCAUGAUGGAUGGGGAUGAAUCCUUCUGUUCCUCCCCCACAGAUACAAGAUUGCUGUCCAGAUAAGCAUAUGAACAGGAUCUGUGUGAAAAAUGUGCUUGUGCAAUACCUGUAGUAUAUCAAGUAGAAAAUUCCAGAAUUAAUUACAGUCAUACCUUGGGUUGCGAACGUGAUCCAUGCCGGAGGCACAUUCGCAACCCGCAGCGCCCCGUCUACGCACACACGUGACGUGAUUCGGUGCUUCUGCGCAUGCGCAUGGCGUCAUUUUGUGUUUUUGCGUGAGCACCGAAACCUGUAAGUAACCCAUUCCAGUACGCAAUCUGAAACGUGCAACCCGCAGCGUUCGUAACCCAAGGUAUGACUGUACUUGAAAGCCGCAGUGUAGAGCUGCUGGUCAAGAAAUACUUUGUAUGACCAAUUUGAUACCACUUGUAACCACUGAGUUACAUGAGAAAGUUCUUUCCUACUUUAUUACAUGUACAGUCUCUGAAGUCUUCUGCUCAGAUGGGAAUACUUUUAUCAGGUGAUAGGUAAAUUCUGAGUUUAUUUGUUCCUUCGUGCUGAAUCUUACUUGUAACUGUGUCCUGUCUUUUUAGGUGGAGAUCAGCCAUCUUAAAGCCAGGCAGAAUACACUACAGGAGCAACUGCGGAAGGUGCAGUCAGCUGCUCAGUCAGCACAGUUAGGAGCUGCUGCCUCUCCAUCAACCACUCCAUCAGCUUCCUUUGUCCCUAUGGUUAGACAUAGUUCUUCUGGUUUUCAAGGAGAUGACAUGGACUUUGGAGAUGUAAUCUGGUCCCAACAAGAAAUAAACAGACUAUCAAAUGAAGUUUCUAGACUCGAAUCAGAAGUGGACCAUUGGAAACAGAUUGCACAGGUGGAUCGCUUUCCUGUGUUACAAGUGUUCUGAAUUUAUAACACUUUUUGAGUUAACUGCUAAUAAAGCCCAUGCUACAGUCUCUACUGGGGUGGAAGAUUUGUCAGGAAUUAGAUAACUAUUCUGGGCUUUUCCGUUAAAUGAGAUAUUGGUGACUUCCUUAUUUCUAAAACUGGGUAAUCCUUAUUAAUAUAUAUUAUUACAUGAAUGGCACAAGCAUGGUGACAGUGUCCAACUUUCUCUUACAAACCAUGGAGUGCAAAGCUCUGCAAGAUUGUGGUGGAGCUACGUUUACCCUUGAAUGCUUGGGUUGUAAAGCUUUGAAAAGCACACACUUGCUUCAUUCAAGCUCUCAGGUGUUGUGGUUUGAUGUUUGUGACAUGUCAAAGUGGAUAGAGAUGUACUGUAUGUCAACUUUGAAUCCUACGUAUGCAUCUUUGUUCUUUUGACAAAAGGGAUCCAAAGCAGAUCAUUUAUAUGUAUUUAUUGGAGACAUUUUUUUAAAGAAAUAUAAUUCUUAGUCUUAUAUAAAUAUAAUUCUUAAUCUUAUGGUUGGGUUUAAUUCAGCUCAGUCAUACUCUGAUUAUCAUAGAAUGGUAGAGUUGGAAGGGACCCCAAAGGUCACCUGGUUCAACCCCUUGCAAUGCAGGAAUCUCAGCUAAAGCAUCCGUGACAGAUGGCCACCCAGCAUUAGACCCAUUUAAAUCAAUGGGCGGCUAACUUAAAGACAACUCUAAAAUUUUAAAAUCUAAUAAACUUAUGACUGAUUUCUGUGUUGCUUCUACUACACACAAUUUUUCAAACAUUUUGUAGGUGGUAUCCGUUGGUAACAUUCUUCUUGCACAAUGGGCUCCCUCUUGUACAAAUGACACUUUCCUUCCCUCCCCUACUCCAUGGAGCCCUCCAUGUGCCUGGUGGGAUUUCUAAUAAUAAUAAUAAUAAUAAUAAUAAUAAUGAUAAUGAUAAUAAUAAUAUAUUUAUACCCUUCCAGCCACUCUGGGUGGCUUCCAACAAAAUAUUAAAAAUACAAUAAGACAUUAAAACAUUAAAAACUUCCCUAAACAGGGCUGCCUUCAGAUGUCUUCUAAAAGUGAGGUAGUUGUUUAUUUCCCUGACAUCUGAGGGCAUUCCACAGGGUGGGCUUACGCAAAUGGGAUUUCCCAUUUCAAACAUUUAGUGGGUCCCCAUUCUCCAUCUGCAGCCUCCCACAUUCUCCCAAAAUCUGCUGCAGAUCCCAUACGUUUUAGCUGAACAUCUUUCAGCAUUUUCAAAACUAAAAGUUUUCUCCCUGUUAUUUAGUUUUCCAAACCAGAAGGAGCAAAUAAUACAGAUCAGAAUGAAAUCGGCAAGCUGCAAAAUAUUAUCAAGGUAAGACUAUAUUUUAAUAAAUUAGUUCUCCUCUUGCUUUACAUUUUCUGUUAAUCCUCUUUCAGUUUGUAAAUAUUCACAUAAAACAAGAUAUUCACAUCCUUAACUAUAGACAAACUACGAUUAAAGAUGAGGAUGACUAUAAAUACUGAUAGGUUUGUGGUGGAGAAAUUAUCUGAGUGAAUUAAAACAAGAUGUUGUGUUGUUUUUUACAAGUAAACUGUGUUGUUAUAUUGUAUAUAUAGAUAACAAUAUAGAUAUAAAAUGUGUACCAUGCCCAAGUCUUCAGAAGUCUUGCAUGAACUAUUGCUCACAUUAAAAAUACAAGACAUAAUCUGCAUCCUAUAUCUUAGACAGAUGAUAUAACUUUCUUUAAAAUGCACAUUUUAGGAGCUAAAACAGAACUUGAGUCAAGAAAUAGAUGAGCAUCAACAUGAGCUUUCAGUAUUACAGGAUGCACAUCGUCAUAAAUUAGCAGAAAUAAGCCGACGUCAUCGAGAAGAACUGGGUGAAUACGAGGAACGAAUAGAAGAACUUGAGGAUCAAUUACAGAAAGGUCUUGUUUAUUGGUUUGAUGGGAGUUUUAAAAUGAAUUGUUGGUUACUGUCAUUGAUUCUAGCUCUUGAGAGAACCAGAUAUGUAUGGCAUUCAAGAAUACUCUUUAUGGUUGCACUGUGUAUGACAAUUUGCACAGUUAUUGGCCUUGGUGCAUUUAAAUAGGUUGUAAGAACCAAUCAAAAGUUCAGAAGAAAUUAUAAUGAUGGCUUCCUGGGUAUCCUACACUGACUUUUCUGUCUAGAUACCUAACCAAGUCUGUGAUGGUUUAAGGAUCAGUUUUGCCGAGAGGUGGAAAACUUGUUCUCACACACUCCUUAUUCAAUGUGACAUUUAACUCUGGAUGCAGCGGGGCGUGAUGCUGGCCAUAGAGAAUGUAAGAUAAAAUAAUAAUGUGCAGCCUGAUUCUAUUCAUGUUUACUUGGAAGUAAGUCCCACAAAGUUUAGUGUGGUUUACUCCUCCAUCAGCAUGCCUUGGCUUACUGUCUUAGAUUCCAACCAUACAGUAAUAUACGCAUGACAGGAUGGAAUAAGUUCAUCAUCUGUACUAGCUAAAUACCAUUUUUAUACACACAUGCUUUUUAGCAUCUGUAUUAGGAAAAAGUCAUUUUUAAAGUUACCUACAUCCAAAUCUGUACAUUCAGCAGCCACAGAAUUCACAUAAUGACUAGUUUCACCGACACAGUGCAGUUCAUCUAUAAACACACCCUUUGAACAAUCACACCCUUUCUACCUAGCAGGCUCCAAAAGCGUUGGAAGUAGAUCCUGGAAAUUCCUGUUUCAGCCAUCUUUAGGGACUUGAUCUAACAUGUUGGUAAAGCACAAGCUUCUCAGUCUCUUUAAAAGUGAUUUAAUAAGAACCUUGUCAUUGUCUUAUGCUUUGCCUGUCAGCGUCAGCGCCAAUUUUUACUAUUCAUACGUAAAACCAACAGCUUGGGACUAACUCGACUGCUUCCAUAUGUAGAGCUGGUACUUCUAUAGGUGCCACAUAAUAUUAAUUCUGCACUUGUGAGAAAUAGAUCUUUUAGGAAUCAGAAUAACUGCUCAAUUGUAAUUGAGCUAUGAAUGCCAAACAGCGUUAAUUAAACCUUUGAUUUUUAUAAUUUAUUUUUGACAACAUAUCUGCUGGAGAAAAAACUGAUUUUUCACAGGUUGAAAAUACCUGCUAUUCCAAAAUUAUUGUGUUGGAUCCAGAGUUACAUAUAUAUAUAAUGGGGCUCAUGGAAGGAGUCUUCCCUGCCCCCCCCCCACAGCAGCCCCCUGAAAUUGUUCCACUGAUGGUCAGUGGGCUAUUGGGUUUCCCCGAGCCCCCUAGACCACAGCUUACCUCUUUCUGCAUGGCCCCUCCAGCCCCUGAUGAAGCAUUUUCUGGUGCCUGGUGGUGUGGGAAGGAAAGGCAGACAAGUUUCGUGUUUUCAUUUACACUGAUCUCCUCUCCGAUACCUUUACUUGAUAUUUCUUGCUGCUUUCCUUAUAGAAUCUAUAUAAAAAAUUUAAUCUCUUAAAUCCUACACCAAUCUUUAACAAUUUCAAUUAAUCGCUUCACCUCCCUCCCCCACAGCCCAGUACUUCCCUCCACCCGUGUGCGACCUUCUUUACCUACUAUUAUUUUUGUUAUUGUUGCGUUAUUCACUUUAUUUGUUAUUCCAUCUAUUAUCCUAUCUCCUUGCGCCUUUUAAACUUUUGCAUAUAAAUUUUUAAGCUCCAGCACCGACUUUUUUCAUGUAUUCCUUAACGCAUUCCCACUCUUUAUUAAUUUUUAAUUAAUUGGUUUUGCUACAUAUGCUUUUAUUUUGGAGUUGACUGUUUAUUUUGGAAUUGUUUGUUGUAAAGAAUGUAUAUUAUGUGAAUAAAAUAAUAAAGGAUGUGCAAAAGAAAAAGAAAAUAAAAGAUAGGCAGACAAGUUGACUUUUGUCAGCCCCAUUAUGCAUGUUUUGACUCUGGACCCAACCCAUUAUUACAUUUCUUUGGCACUUAGAUCUUGUGACUGCUAUGAGAAAAUGCCCAUAGAAAAAAGAAAUAUCUGGGAAAAUGCCCAUAGAAAAAAGAAAUAUCUGGGAGAUGUUACAGUUGCAUUUUUUUUCUACUUUAUAGUUGAUGCAGCUGCUGACACUUCUUCUGACUGUGACCCACAGAACAUUGUGGCUGAAUCGACAGCAUCGCAGCUGAAGGACUUGCAGGAUAAAGUCAAAAGUUUAAGUCAACAACUGUCAGCAGCAGCAGAAGAGAAAAAUAGUCUCUUGAAAGAACUUGAAUUGGUGAAAAUGGAGAAGAGUCAACUAAUGCAGGAAUAUGAAAGACUCAAAUCUGAUUCCCAUAAAUUCCAGGCAUCUCUUCUUGAAGAACAGACUGAUUUAAAAACACAGGUGGAAGUCCCUAAGUCUGCAGUAGAAUCGCUACAAGCAGAAGUGCUCCGACUACAGCAAGCACUUCUUGGUAUGAAGCCACUGUAAUGUUGUCUCUAAUUUUAUCAUGUGCAUAUAGUUUUAGGACAAUCUUGAAAUGCAUUUCAAAGAGACAUAUGAAGAAAGCGCUUCUUUAUGUGAGGAUGGGGGUGGGAUUUGGCCAUUUUCUCUUCCAGUAGUGUCCUCUCAUUUAAUGCUACCCCAAAAUUCCCCUUGACCUUCAGGAAUAAGGCUGCUGCUUGGGAAGGAAAGCUGAGGAGUCUGGUUCCUGGCCUAAGUGUAUGAAAAUGAAUGCUUCUAAGAAUAUACAUAUUAGAGAUGUGUAUGUUGUUAUACUGAAAUUCAUUUGGCUGCCUUGGUUUCUAGCUUAUUUCUGAGUGGCUGUCAUGAAUGAUAGAAAAUAAAUAAACAGUAAUUACGCAAUUAUUUUUAAUGCUAGCUUUUUUUUAUUUAACUUGGUAGUAUGUAAAAUUCCAAAAUUGUAUCUUUGUGAUUAUAACCUUAGGUGUUGCCUUUGUAUUCUUGUAUACUUUCCUCUUAAAAUGAUAGCUGUUAUUUUUUAUUGUUUUUACAGAUGCGGAAAAUGAAAUAACAAGACUAAAAAAAUCAGAUCAGGUAAACAAAUUACUAAAUUCUCCUGCUUUUACAAAUAACCUUGCAUAGUAUGAAUGUGCUCCAACAGCCACACAUGCCCCAUGUUGCUCAGUUCUGUGUUAAUGCCACUGAGAAACAGGUAAAUGUGAAUCCAAAUUUAUGUGAAUACCAGGAGGUUGCUGCAGUUUCUCCCAUCUCUGUCAGCACAUAGUAGUAUACUAUGACCUCAAUGGUACACUGAAGGAGAGAGUAUAAUAGCACAGUAUCUUCAGACCUUACCAAACAAUAAAUUGACGGGACAAGGCAAGUUAGUAAGCAUUUAUGUUCAUGCUUUCCCUGAUUUAAGGUUUGCAUCCCCUUAAAAGGGGGCAUCUCAGGCUUCCAGAAUGUUUUAAUUUUUGUAAUUCCAUAAAUUCAGAAAUAUGUUUAUUUCCUACAGCUGUGCAUGAAUUGCAAAUACACUUAAAUCUUUUAAUGUAAUAAAAGUGGUUUAUGCAAUAUGAAAUUUGUGCCCAGGCAUGGGUUUGUUUCCUAAGUUUCUGUUACAAACUGGACAGGAAUAACAGAAAUGGUGCCCUCUCUUUUCAGUUGAAUAGCUUUGUCUUCCCAUUUGGCUAAUUUAGUACUUUCAGUCAUUAAUGUGAAUUUUGUGUUUUCAAUAAAUAAUUUCAAACCCUCUUUAAAAAGACAAAAAAACCCAACUGAUUGAUACUCAUGAAUAUUCUCAAAUUAAUUUUAUCCUAUUAAAUGUAGGGUCUUUUUUCUGUCUAAAUUAAGGAAGGGCUUCAAACAAAACUGGAAAGCUUACAACCAACGUGUGAAAGUGAUGCAUAUGUAUCGACUCAAGGACAGAACUUAGAGUUAAAUCAGUUAAGACAAGACUUGGAAAGGAAAGAACAUGAAUUUAAUGAAAGUAUUGCUGAAAAAGAAACAUUAAUAGCAGAACUAGAAGAAUUGGACAAGCAGAACCAAGAAGCUACCCAGGUAAUAUAUUGAAUAAACUAAAGAGGUUGGGUGGGUAAGGAUAUUUAUUGUCUGUACUGAAAUCUAAAACUAUUGGCUGAAUCACUUUUAUCAGUAUUACUCGUCAGUGAAUUUGCUUUGUUGUGAAGAGAAAUAAUGCAGGUUUUCAGAGAAUGUUGGAUGGAAUAUAUUCGAAAUGUUAACAUUUCCUGUUAACAUGAUCAGAGUAGGCCCAUAAAAAUUAAUGGUCAUGACUAACUUAGGUUCAUUCAUUUCAGUGGAUCUACUCUUGAGUAAAAGUUAGUUGAAUAGAACCCUAACUGGUGUUGACAUUAAUGCUUAAUUCAAUAACAUAGUUUCUCUAGUAUUUUGAAAAACUAAUGAUGAAGUGAUGGUGAUUUUUCCACUCUUCAGGGUGCUUUACGGGUCUGUUUAUUUACCAUGUAUGGGCUUUCUCUACUUUUUAAACAUUUGUUUGUGUUUUUAUUUUAGCAUAUGAUUAUUUUAAAAGAGCAGCUAGCCAAGCAGAAUGCAGAAACCGCUAAUACUGUCAACCAGCUAAAAAUGGACACAGAGUCUGAAAAAAGAAAAACAUCGAAGCUAGAAGCUGAGAAGCUGGAAAUGAGCAAGGAGCUAGAAGGCCAGAGAGAGAAAUUGGAUCAGUGUACAUUUGCACUUAAUGAUUUGCACAUGACUAAACAACACCUGGAAAACAAAGUAAAAGAGCUAAAAGAACAGCUAAAAACAUCCCAGCACUGUAGCUCCAAAAAUAAGCAGGAAAUAGUAGAAUUAAAGAAAAAUCUAACACAAAGAGAAGAAGAAAUUUCUGUACUCCAAAAUAAGUUAAGCAAGAUAAGUCCAGAAUCUAGCGGGGGAAGUCAAGACUCUAACAGUGGUUUUCACGUUCAAUCAGCCAAAGAAAGGGAAGCGGAGAUUUCAAAGCUGAAUGAGCAAAUUUCAGAAAAUAAACGAAUAAAUACAGACUUGGAGAAAUGUAUUUCAAAGCUUCAGAUGGAAAAGGAAAAGCUUCAGAUGGCUUGUGAAGAACUGAAACAGCAGUUACAGGAAGCUAGUAGUGAGAAGAGUAAGAUCGCUUUUGAAAAAGAUACCACGGUGGAAGCUUUGAAACUAGAAAAAAGGCGGCUAGAAAAUGAACUAAGCCAAACUGAAAGCCAGUUGUUGGAACAGGCUCAUAAAUAUGAGCAAACCAUUGAGGAGCUGUCUAACGCACGUAACAUGAAUACCACGGUGUUACAGUUUGAACACGAGCGCUUAGUUAAACUCAACCAAGAGAGAGACUUUGAGAUAGCAGAACUCAAGAGGAGCAUUGAACAGAUGGAAGCUGACCAUGAGGAAACCAAAGAGAUGUUAACGACUAGCUUAGCCGGGCAAAAACAACUGACAGAGCUCAUAAAAGAGAAAGAAGUGUUUGUUGAAAAAUUUAAAACCAGGGCUUCUGAACUAGAGCAGAAGCAUGAAGAUUAUAUUAAGGACUCCAAAAGAUUUGACAUUUUAAAACAAAGUUUAGAAGAAAAGGAGAAAAGCCUUUCAACCAUGAAAGAAGAGAACAAUCAUUUGAAAGAAGAAAUUGAACGAGUGAAAGACCAGCAGAGUAGGUCGUCCUCUUUGGCUGAGCCCAAAACCCUAGAUAUUAUCACUGAACUUGAAGCAGAAGUAACACAAUUAACUGUGCAUAAAAAUAAUCUUGAAGACGAGGUAAAAAUUAACAAAAGAACGGUUGAGGAUCAGAAUCAGAAAAUGGCCCAACUUCAGCAUUCCCUGCAGGAGUACAAAAAGGAGACUGAGGAGUCCAAAUUUCAGUGUGAACAAAUGAGCAUCACACACAAACAGGUGUGCUUGGAAAAGGAUGAGGAAAUCAAAAGCUUGCAGCGGACAAUAGAACAAAUUAAAAACCAGUUGCAUAAUCAGAGAACAGUCAUUCAGCCAGAUCCUCCUGAUCUCUUUCAAGAAACCAAAGUGCAGACACUUAAUGGUGAAAAUGGAAAUGAGAAGCAUGACUUAUCUAAAGCUGAAAUUGAAAGGCUGGUGAAAGGCAUCAAGGAGAGAGAAAUGGAGAUCAAACUUCUGAAUGAAAAGAAUGUCUUGCUAAGUAGACAAAUUGAUCAGCUAUCCAAAGAUGAAGUUGGCAAGCUCACGCAAAUCAUCCAAGAGAAAAACUUAGAGAUACAAGCUCUCCAUGCAAGGGUUUCAUCUCCAUCUUAUGGGCAGGAUAUUAUUUACCUUCAGCAGCAAUUACAGGCCUAUGCCAUGGAAAGGGAGCAAGUGCUGGCAGUUCUUAGUGAAAAGACUAGGGAAAACAGUCAGUUAAGAACAGAAUAUCACAAGAUGAUGGACAUUGUAGCAGCUAAGGAAGCAGCUCUGAAAAAGCUUCAGGAAGAAAAUCAAAAACUAGCCAAUGAAUUUGAAAACAGCAGCCAAGAUAUGUCCCGAGAAACUAUUAAGAACUUGUCCCGGAUAAUUCGAGAGAAAGAUAUUGAGAUUGAUGCUUUAAGUCAAAAAUGCCAAACUUUAUUGACCGUCCUCCAGACAUCCAGCAUGGAUGGAGGCAAUGAGUUAGGAGGGAUUAACAGCAAUCAGUUUGAGGAGCUUUUACAGGAACGUGAUAAUUUGAAACAGCAAGUGAAGAAAAUGGAAGAGUGGAAGAAACAAGUAAUGACCACUGUCCAAAAUAUGCAACAUGAGUCUGCUCAUCUCCAAGAGGAACUGCAAAGGCUUCAAACACAGAUCUCCAUGGAUAGUGAGAACAAUUCUCAGCUGCAGAUAGAGUAUAAUGGCUUGAUUCAAGGCUAUGAACAAAAUGAGAGAAAGCUGAAAACAUUUAGUCAAGAAUUAGCACAAGUUCAGCAUAGCAUAGGAGAGCUGAACAACACCAGGGAUUUUAUUCUGGGGAAACUUGAUAUGGUAACACCUCCUCUGCCAGUAAAGUCUACCACCGCUUCACAGUCAUUGGAGACUUCCAGCAGUGCUGCUUCUCAGAUGUUUACUAGUGACUCCAAACCACUAAAUGAGGAACUGGAGCGCAUGAGUAAAGCACUGGAAGAAAAAGAUUCAACUAUCCGAAUUCUGCAGGAGAAUAAUCAGAGGCUGUCGGAUGCUAUGGCUGCAUCAUCGGAGAUGGAAAGAAAGGGUCAAGAGGGGUCUGAAUUUGAGAUAAAGCACUUGAAGGAGAAGUGUGAUGUCCUUCAGAAGUCACUUAGGGAAAAAGACCUGCUAAUAAAAUCAAAAAGUGAUCAGUUGCUUUCUCUCAGUGAAAACCUUAGUAAUAAAGAGAACGAAAAUGAACUGCUGAAGCAAGGUAUAACUAACCUAAAGGAGAGAACUCUGAUUUUAGAAAUGGACAUCCAUAAAUUGAAAGAAGAAAAUGAUAGAAUAGUGGCAAAAUGCAAGGAGAAAGAAACCGAGUUCAGAGCGCUACAGGAGACUAACCUGCAGUUCUCAAUGAUGUUGAAGGAAAAGGAAUUUGAGUCUAGUUCCAUGAAGGAGAAGGCUUUUACGUUUGAAAAACUGUUGAAAGAGAAAGAGCAGGUACGUGAUGAGUUGAAUUUUUGCUUAUUUUGUUCAAGGUCAAAGGGAGAAAGGUGUGAUUGCUAUUAAGUCAUGCAAUGCUUAUUUUUGUUAUCUGGCACAGGGUCCCAAUUGCAUAUGCAGAAUUCCAGGAAGGAUGUCAAUAAGUUUCUAGACAUUCUUGCUUAAGAAAUGUCUAUACUUUUGCAGAGGCUGAAAACUAAGGAACAUAUUCAGGUCUCCUGAGGAAAAGACCAGUAUCAGUUUUUAAAUGUCCAUAUAUUUUAGAAUGUAAAGUUUGUAAAUGAGGAAGAUGCAAAUUCUAGUGAACAUCUGAUUUGCAAUGCAAUCUUAUGCAAGUGUACUCAGAUGUAAGUCAGCAGUGUUCAGUAGGGGCUUGUGCAUAGAUAAGUAUUUGUGGGGUUCCCAGUCUUAGUUUAAUUCUCAAAUUUAUUACUGUACAUCCACAUUUAUAUCCUUUCAAGUCCCCUGGCACAGUGCUGCACAUUUAACAUAAAAAGAAGAUAGAUCUUUAAAAUGCAAUAGCCUCUCUUUAUUUUUAUUUUUGGAAGGGGAAAGCAGGAGAGCUGAACCAGCUGUUAAAUGAAGCAAAAUCAAUGCAGGAGAAGGCUGUUGCUUUUCAGCAAGAGAGAGAUAAAGUCAUGUUAGCACUGAAGCAGAAACAAAUGGAGACUACUGCCCUACAGAAUGAGGUAUGCAAGAGUUACCAGUCUUUGGGGGCUUGUGGGCAUAUUUGCAAACUAAACAAACUCUCAGGGAUGUCACACCCACCCCUAAUCCAAGUACACACAGCAACCUGGUCUGUAGGUUGCAAUAUAAUGCUCCUUGCAGGUUUAUUUGAGGGUGGGGAGGCAGGGGACUCUGGGCACCAGGGAAAGUCUCUGUAGAAACAUGUGGCACCAUCGAAGGAUGAAAAUUGAGUGAAUGAAAGAGUGGGUAGCUGAGGGUGAAUAAGAAAAGCUGAAGCAAUGUGCCCUCAAUUAAUUACACAGAUACAGCAUUUACGUGAUAAGGAGCAGCGUCUGAAUCAAGAAUUGGAGAGAUUGCGCAAUCACCUUUUAGAAAGGGAAGACACUUCCACACGGGAAGCUUUAGCAGCUGAGGAUCGGGAAUCUAAGCUUAAAAAGAAAGUCCAGGUUUUGGAAGAAAAGCUGCAGUUUUCAUCAACUGCAGUGGAGAAUGCCAGGUAAUAACUUUGCUUCCUUUAGCCUUAUCGGUACCCAGAAUCCUAGUCAGCAGCUAGUUUUGUUGAAAUGUUUUGUCCAGACAUCCUAUUGAGAUGGGCGAUGAUGUGAGAGCACCCUUGUAUGGUUUUGUCCAGAAGUCCUGAUGGCACUUGUGUCUCUUCCUUUGCUCUCUUUCAGAAAGUAAUUAAAGUGUCAGUAUACUACAGCCAUCACGCUCAGACUUUUAACUGCAACACAGCUCAUACAUUUUUAUCAUUCUUAUUGUUCCCUCCUUUCUGCCUGCCUGCCUGCCUUCCCUCCUUCUCUAAAGGCAAAAGGGAAUGCUGGUGGUUUCACUUGUUUUACCUGCCCAGAGUAAGUUAUAAUUAGGUUAAUUGCCUGAAAAGGGGAGGGGGGGGGGAGAAAUGGUUUGCAAGGGAAUUUGAACCAGGGUUGGGUGAAAGUCCUGAAAUUUUCAACUAGAUGAGGGGUAGUCAACCUUUUUAUACCUACCGCCCACUAAUGCAUCUUUCUUGAUGGUAAUAUUUCCUUACCGCCCACCAGUGCUCGAUGGAAGGAGGAUUCAGCUUGUGCCCUAGAACCCCCUACCACCCACCUAGAAUCCUAAAACGGCCACUAGUGGGCGGUAGGGACCAGGUUGACAACCCCUGAACUAGAUGGUGCAUCAAUAAUAGGAUAAUUCAUUCCUUAACGCAUGUGGUAGAGAGAGGUGUUUUAUUCUUUAGGGUGGGAGCUGAAGGGCCUUGUUUGAUCUAUACAUGCGGUAAAGCACAAGAAAGGCUUUAAGUGCAGGAGGCUUCGGAUUAGACAGAGAACAUGAAAGAGGUUUUAUAAAAUGGUGUCAAGAAAAUAGAGAGCAAAAGGGGAUUUUCCUUCCUAACACUGGAACUUGCGGCCUGACAAUGAAAGUGAUUGGCUGAUGGAUCAGGAUGGAUCAAAGAAAGCAACAGAUCUCAUUUAUGGAAUACAGUGGUGCCUCGCAAGACGAAAUUAAUUCGUUCCACGAGUGUUUUUGUCUAGCGAAUUUUUCGUCUUGCGAAUCACGAAUUCCUAUAGGAAUGCAUUGAAAAUCAUUUAAUGCGUUCCUAUGGCCAAAAAAAGUCCAAACAAAGCCAAAUUUGGUACAACCACCUCCCCAACUGUUGCAAACCCCUCCCCAACUGUUGCAAACCCCUCCCCAACUGUUCCCCCAGUCACCCAGCACACAGAAAUUCAAAUCCAGAAUUUUUUUAAAAAAAACAGCAGAGUGGCCCAGUGGUCACAGAAAAUCACAAAAAUGCAGAAAAAAACACACAAGCUUCCAGAUUCCUGCAAACCCCUCCCCAACUGUUCCCCCAGCCACCCAGCACACAGAAAUUCAAAUCCAGAAUUUUUUUAAAAAAACAGCAGAGUGGCCCAAUGGUCACAGAAAAUCAUAAAAAUGCAGAAAAAAACCACACAAGCUUCCAGAUUCUUGCAAACCCCUCCCCAACUGUUCCCCCAGCCACCCAGCACACAGAAAUUCAAAUCCAGAAUUUUUUAAAAAAACAGCAGAGUGGCCCAAUGGUCACAGAAAAUCAUAAAAAUGCAGAAAAAACACACACAAGCUUCCAGAUUCUUGCAAACCCCUCCCCAACACCAAGUCCUUGAAUUCCAAACACCCCAACCCAAAACCCCCCCAAAAAGUUUUAAAACCUUAACUUGGCUGCAAAAGAAGUUUUGUAACAGCUUCAAAAAUCACCAAAGUCUUUAAAAACCUCAAAAAGGCUACUAUGUACACUGCGUUCUAUGAGUUGCUCCUUGAAGUCAAGUCGCAACUGUAUUAACGGUGUUAAGAAAAGGAAACAAACUUGCAAGACGUUUUCGUCUUGCGAAGCAAGCCCAUAGGGAAAUUCGUCUUGCGAAGCAGCUCAAAAACGGAAAACCCUUUCGUCUAGCGAGUUUUCCGUCUUGCGAGGCAUUCGUCUUGCGGGGCACCACUGUACUUGCAGAUGGUUACUGGCUAGAUGAUUUGAAAAGCAGCUAAGUGGAACCUCUGUCUUAAGAGGUGAAUUGCAUCUGACUGCCGGUUGUUGAGGAGCAAUAGGAAGAGAGGACCGUUGUCCCCAUACCUGGAAGUUCUCAGUUGGCCACUGAAAGAGGCAGGAUGCUAGCCUUUAAUGUCCCUCUUGGUUUGAUGCAGCUGAGCUGUUACGGACUUCUCAACUUCCUCAUUCAAAUGGCAGAAACAUACAAGUGGGGAAGCACUUGCAUUCUCACUGGCCCUUUAAAAUUUUUGUACCUUUAUUUGUAUUUUCCAUAAAGUAUGCCAUCAAAUCAAUCCAAGAAAAGAAAAACACUUUCUUCUUUAGAACCCAACUUAGUAUCUCGUAUAAUUUAUUUAAUAUCUGACUAUAAAAACUGGCAUUUCUGUUGAGUGAUGUCACUUUAAUCCCUCUUUUCCCCUGGGUUAUAUUAAAUCUGAGGAGAAUGAAAUACCUAUAUAUAACUAGAAUUGCUUCCAGAAGAGAGUAGUUUGUUUUUCUAACAACAGUCUAACAACAAAAUUUGCUAACAAGUCUAACAACAAAAUUUGAUUAACUUUUUAAAACCUUUUUUGAAAGAAAGAAGAAAAGUAUAAACUCUUCUUCCUGCAAAGAAUAUCUGCAGGAACUGAUUUCAUGUUUAUAUUUUGAAGCCGAGGUGACAACUGCCAAAUAUCCAGACCCCUGAAAGAUCCAGGGGCAGCAGAAAUUAAGGUUUUUUGGUGUGUGUUUUUAAAAUAACCUGGUUGAUUUUACAUAUUUUACUUCAAGCCACGAGGCUAGCAUGCAGGUGGAAUCCUUGCAAGAACAGUUGAACUUUGUUACCAGGCAGAGAGAUGAAACUGUCAUGCAGCUAACAAUUUCUCAGGACCAAGUGAAACAGUAUGCUGUGUCCCUGGCCAACCUGCAGAUGGUGCUAGAGCAGUUUCAGCAGGGUAAGUUAACUCCUCCAGAAAUAAGAGUGCAUUCAUACUAGCUUAUUUAAAAAAUAUACUUAAUAGUAUUUUGGUGAUAAAGCUGAGCUAUUCUCCCAGAUAUCUGCUCUUCAUAAUUAGGUUUCUGUUUUUUAAAACACACACACAUAUAUAUCUAAAAGUAAAAGUGUACCGUACAUAUUUUAUUUUUAGAAGAGAAAGCUAUGUAUUCAGCUGAGCUACAGAAACACCAAAGGCAGACUGAAGAAUGGAAGAAAAAAGUAGAGCAACUAGACGAUAAAGUAGUUUCGUUGCAGGUAAUGUUGAAAUGGUUCUAUAAUGCAGCCUCGUUUCUUUUAACUGGCAUGGCAAACAACCACAGCAGCAGCGGACAGAUGCGAAAAGGCAGCAGAAAUAAGAUACUAGAUUAUUGCUGUAGAAAGGUAUGAGGAAAUAUUGGGGGAAAGGAUUUGAGAGAGGAAUAGAAUCUGCCUGAUCAUGUCGUUGAAUAUUUUCUGCAAGCCAAGACCAACCAAAAUUCUUCCCAUAGGUGAGGAACAUGAUUUUUGGAAAGGUGUAUGCCUUGAGAGUUUGCAAAUAGGUGGUAGACCUGCAGUAAAUCAAACUGCAGUCACAAUUUUAUAUAAAUCAAGGGUCAUGCAGUGAGGUGAAGUGAACUAUUUAAGGCCAUCCCAGCAGGUGUAGAAUACAAGACCCAGAGUCCUUAGUAAGAUGCCAGAAAUUACGUUCCGCUCUAUUAAUCACAUAUGGUAAGAAUUCACCCAUUUUGGUGGCAUCGCUCAAGGAAUAUAAUGCUUAAAGGAAACUUUAAAAAGUUUGACCUAAGUUAUACUGGUAUGUAUGUGUUUAAUCCAUUUGGCUAGCCUGAUUUUAAACUCUGUUGUGCUGUAUUGAUGGCAUAGUUAUCGCAGUAUAUGGUUGCUAUGGAUGAUCUACCUCAUCUUACAGGAAAACCUGGAGGAAGCAAAUGCAGCAUUAGAAUCUGCAUCAAGGCUAGCAGAGCAGCUGGAUCUUAAAGAGGAUCAAAUUGAGGACCUUAAAAAACAAGGUAACAGAACUUGGUCGCAAUGCACCAAAACCGGAAGAUAUCUGUGUUGGCCGAUAAGAAAAAAUUAUAAAAUCCAUUUUGGUGGCAGUGCCUUUUACUAAGCUGACAAAAAUGUCACAAAACAGUGUGCAAGCUUUCGAGACCUCCAAAAUUCUUCAUCAGACUAGAUUGUAAACAGGAGGCCUUGGUGAAAACUGAAGCCUGCAUAACACCAACAGAGCCUCAUUUGAAUGUCUGCUUCCUUCUCUCACAUUCCAUUAACACUGCAGCUCCACUGGUGCAUUGGACUGUGCAGCAUGCAAUGGAGCUUCUUCAUCUUUUGUCCCCUUCAACCUCCCUUGCAUUCUCAAAAUCAACUCUAGAGGGUUAGGAGACCCUCUGGAGCAGAUUCGGGGUGGGGGGAAAGGAAAUGUCAAUCUUCUUGUACCAGUGGAACCCCACUGGUACAGCACUGGAUGCAGCCCUUAGACUUUUGCCAAAUGCAGACAAGUGGUUUCACCCCCCUCCUCACCAGUUUUUAUUCUGCAUCUCUGGAGAUACUAAAGCCAGCUGCUUACUGGGUCUCUCUCCGUCGUAAGGUAAAACACACAGGUUCCUGGGCAAGUGGGAGAAAGAACAAAUACAAGCUAGGCAAAAGUAGAUCAAUUUUUGGUGGUGUACUAGAUGGUGGGGGACUGGGGGACAACAGAAGCCAGACUGAGUAGGUUUACCCAGCAGUUGGAGUUCCAAAUGCAGCUCUAUAUCAUAUAGAUAUACAUAUACAUAAUAAAAAAAUUCCUUCCAGUAGCACCUUAGAGACCAACUAAGUUUGUCAUUGGUGUGAGCUUUCAUGUGCAUGCACACUUAUCUGAAGAAGUGUGCGUGCAUAUGAAAGCUCAUACCAAUAACAAACUUAGUUGGUCUCUAAGGUGCUACUGGAAGGAAUUUUUUUAUUUUGUUUCGACUACGGCAGACCAACACGGCUACUUACCUGUAAUUAUAUACAUAUACAUACACAAACACUUAUACAUAUAAAUAUACAUAUACGUAUGUAGCCAUUUUUGUGUGCACCUGAACAUAAAUGUUACUCUUAACUACUCAACAGAAAAGUUUGCCAGAAAUUCAACGAUAUUGCAAGGGUGAACUUGCAUUAGCUAUUUGGUGAUUCAAUCUAGGAAAACACCAGUGGAGUUUUCCACUGCAGCCUCCUGUGCCCCCUAGACAUCUGCUUUUGCAGGCCAAGGGUGCCUUUGAAAUGACAUGGGAUUGAGACCCCAGGAGUUGGAAUGGUAGGCAGCAUGGAGAUCACUGCACAAGUGCCUUUCCAAUCACACAAGGUUUUGGAUCUAUAUUAUCCUAUAUUCCUCAUGUUAAGAGAUUUCAAAGUUCCCACUUUUAAAUCAGUCAUUUAACUAAAUUGCAAGUGGUUCAACUAAUACCUGCCUAGAAGGUGGAAGGUUCCCCAAUGGGACCAACAUUCCCAGAGAGAAAAAAGUGCCAUUGUCAGAAUGAGCAUACUGGAGCAAUGUGUAAUUGUAGAGAAGGGAUGGUGAACUGCUGCCUUGGGGUAUUCACAUGCUGUGUUGUGUGUUCGAACAGGGAAGAGAGACUGACAGCCUGCCAUGGCUUCACCUGAUUUGCGGUCUCUGGUUUGGCUCUCAUUUUUCCAGUUUCCCUGGAUGGGCGGGGUAUAAAUAAUAAAUUAUUAUUAUUACAUUUUUUCUUAGCUAUAUUCACUUGAACAUGUGCAGUCCUUGAUAACAACAGUGGAUUAUAUUCCAGAGAUGUUAUAGUUGUAUUGGCUGUAGCCCCCCUCCACAGCUAAACAGCAGUGGAAUACCAUGGGCCUUUUUUUGAAUGAACUAUGAGCAGAAUCGAAAUAGGAGAUAUAUGGGGAUAAUAAUAAAUGGCCUACCUUACAGAGUUGCAAAGAUUACUGAGCUAAUAUGCACAAAAAUGUUUUCAGCAUCUUCAAGCCUAAUGUAGAAGCCAUUUCAUGGAUGACUGCCUUGCCAAAGAAGGGCAGUGCCAAAGAAUGCUCCAACUACCGCACAAUUGCACUCAUUUCACACGCUAGUAAGGUUAUGCUUAAAAUUCUACAAGGCAGGCUUAAGCAGUAUGUGGACCGAGAACUCCCAGAAGUGCAAGCUGGAUUUCGAAGGGGCAGAGGAACCAGAGACCAAAUUGCAAAUAUGCGCUGGAUUAUGGAGAAAGCUAGAGAGUUCCAGAAAAACAUCUACUUCUGCUUCAUUGACUAUGCAAAAGCCUUUGACUGUGUCGACCACAGCAAACUAUGGCAAGUUCUUAAAGAAAUGGGAGUGCCUGAUCACCUCAUCUGUCUCCUGAGAAAUCUCUAUGUGGGACAAGAAGCUACAGUUAGAACUGGAUAUGGAACAACUGAUUGGUUCAAAAUUGGGAAAGGAGUACGACAAGGCUGUAUACUGUCUCCCUGUUUAUUUAACGUUUAUGCAGAAUUCAUCAUGCAAAAGCCUGGGCUGGAUGAAUCCCAAGCCGAAUUAAGAUUGCCGGAAGAAAUAUCAAAAACCUCACAUAUGCAGAUGACACAACCUUGAUGGCAGAAAGUGAGGAGGAAUUAAAAAAUCUUUUAAUGAGGGUGAAAGAGGAGAGCACAAAAUAUGGUCUGAAGCUCAACAUCAAAAAAACGAAGAUCAUGGCCACUGGUCCCAUCACCUUCUGGCAAAUAGAAGGGAAAGAAAUGGAGGCAGUGAGAGAUUUUACUUUCUUGGGCUCCAUGAUCACUGCAGAUGGUGACAGCUGCCACGAAAUUAAAAGACGCCUGCUUCUUGGGAGAAAAGCAAUGACAAACCUAGACAGCAUCUUAAAAAGCAGAGACAUCACCUUGCCGACAAAGGUCUGUAUAGUUAAAGCUAUGGUUUUCCCAAUAGUGAUGUAUGGAAGUGAGAACUGGACCAUAAAGAAGGCUGAUCGCCAAAAAAUUGAUGCUUUUGAAUUAUGGUGCUGGAGGAGACUCUUGAGAGUCUCAUGGACUGCAAGAAGAUCAAACCUAUCCAUUCUGAAGGAAAACAACCCUGAGUGCUCACUGGAUGGACAGAUCCUGAAACUGAGGCUCCAAUACUUUGGCCACCUCAUGAGAAGAGAAGACUCCCUGGAAAAGACCCUGAUGUUGGGAAAGAUUGGGGGCACAAGGAGAAGGGGACGACAGAGGACGAGAUGGUUCGACAGUGUUCUCGAAGCUACCGGCAUGAGUUUGACCAAACUGCAGGAGGCAGUAAUAAUAAUAAUAAUAAUAAUAAUAAUAAUAAUUUAUUAUCUGUACCCCACCCAUCUGGCUGGGUUUCCCCAGCCACUCUGGGCGGCUUCCAUAGAAACCAAAAAUACAGUAAAUAUCACAGAUUAAAAACUUCCCUGAACAGGGCUGCCUUAAGAUGUCUUCUAAAUGUCAGGUAGUUAUUUAUCGCUUUGACAUCUGAUGGGAGGGCGUUCCACAGGGCGGGCGCCACUACCGAGAAGGCCCUCUGCCUGGUUCCCUGUAGCUUUGCUUCUCGCAAUGAGGGAACCGCCAGAAGGCCCUCGGCGCUGGACCUCAGCGUCCGGGCAGAACGAUGGGGGUGGAGACGCUCCUUCAGGUAUACUGGGCCGAGGCCGUUUAGGGCUUUAAAGGUCAACACCAGCACUUUGAAUUGUGCUCGGAAACGUACUGGGAGCCAAUGUAGGUCUUUCAAGCCCGGUGUUAUGUGGUCUUGGCGGCCGCCCCAGUCACCAGUCUAGCUGCCGCAUUCUGGAUUAGUUGUAGUUUCCGAGUCACCUUCAAAGGUAGCCCCACGUAGAGCGCAUUGCAGUAGUCCAAGCGGGAGAUAACUAGAGCAUGCACCACUCUGGCGAGACAGUCCGCGGGCAGGUAGGGUCUCAGCCUGCGUACCAGGUGGAGUUGGUAGACAGCUGCCCUGGAUACAGAAUUGACCUGCGCCUCCAUGGACAGCUGUGAGUCCAAAAUGACUCCCAGGCUGCGCACCUGGUCCUUCAGGGGCACAGUUACCCUAUUCAGGACCAGGGAGUCCUCCACACCAGCCCGCCCCUGUCCCCCAAAAACAAUACUUCUGUCUUGUCAGGAUUCAACUUCAAUCCAUUAGCCGCCAUCCAUCCUCCAACCGCCUCCAGGCACUCACACAGGACCUUCACCGCCUUCACUGGUUCUGAUUUGAAAGAGAGGUAGAGCUGGGUAUCAUCUGCAUAUUGAUGGACACCCAGUCCAAAUCCCCUGAUGAUCUCUCCCAGCGGCUUCAUAUAGAUGUUAAAAAGCAUGGGGAGAGGACGGAACCCUGAGGCACCCCACAAGUGAGGGCCCAGGGGUCUGAACACUCAUCCCCCACCACCACUUUCUGAACACGGCCCAGGAGGAAGGAGCGAAACCACUGUAUAACAGUGCCCCCAGCUCCCAGCCCUCUAGACGGUCCAGAAGGAUGUUAUGGUCGAUUGUAUCAAAGGCCGCUGAGAGAUCCAGCAGAACCAGGAAACAACUCUCACCUUUGUCCCUAGCUCGCCGGAGAUCAUCAACCAGCGCGACCAAGGCAGUUUCAGUCCCAUGGUGAGGCCUGAAUCCCGAUUGGAAGGGAUCCAAAUGGUCCGCAUCCUCCAGGCGUGCCUGGAGUUGUUCAGCAACCACGCGCUCAAUCACCUUGCCCAAGAAUGGAAGAUUUGAGACUGGGCGAUAGUUGGCCAUACUGGCCGGGUCUAAAGAUGGUUUUUUAAGAAGCGGUUUAAUGACCGCCUCUUUCAGCGGAUCUGGGAAUGUUCCCUCACAGAGGGAAGCAUUCACCACUCUGCAGAGCCCAUCGCCCAGCCCUUCCCGGCUUGCUUUUAUUAGCCAGGAUGGGCAAGGAUCAAGGAGACAGGUGGUUGGUUUCACGCAUCCAAGCAGCCUGUCCACAUCCUCGGGGGUAACGGAUUGAAAUUGAUUCCAUGCAACUUGACCAGACAGAGCUCUAGCACUCUCCCGCCCCGGCCCUGCUCCCACGGUGGUGUCUAGCUCCUUCCGAAUAUGAGUGAUUUUAUCUGCAAAAACUUUGCAAAAUCGUUGCAGGAGAUCUUGGGGUCUUUACAAGGCCCCGGUGGUAAAGGUGGUUCCGUUAAAUUGCGAACCACCUGAAAGAGUCUCCUGCUACUAUUUUCUGCAGAUGCAAUAGAGGCGGUGAAGAAAGUCUUCUUCGCCGUCGCUAUCGCCACUUGGUAGGCUCGACGUUGAGCUCUAACCUGUGUCCGGUCAGAUUCGGAGUGAGUUUUCUGCCACCAACGCUCUAGCCGUCUCAGCGAUUGUUUCAUCGCCCUCAGCUCCGAAGAAAACCACGGGGCUGUCCGGGCUCCAUGCAAUCGGAGAGGGCACUUCGGAGCCAGACAGUCGAUAGCCCUGGUUAACUCCGCAUUCCAGCGGGCCACCAGGGAAUCAGCUGAAAGGCCAUCAACAUGGGCUAAAGCAUCCCCUACCACUCUCUGGAAACCAUUUGGAUCCAUUAAGUGGUCCCACCUCCCUGCAGAGGGGAAGGGUCGCGGAGAAGUCCAGUUGCACCAGGAAGUGAUCUGACCAUGGCACUUCUUUUGUUUCACUUUUACUUAGUGUCAGAUCACCCACGUCACUAGAGGUGAACACCAGGUCUAAGGCAUGUCCAUGACUAUGAGUUGGGCCAAACUUAUUCAGGGACAGCCCCAUGGAGGCAGUGGAAGACAGGAGUGCCUGGCACGCUCUAGUCCAUGGGGUCACAAAGAGUCGGACACGACUAAACAACAACAGAAGCCAUUUUGGCAUAUAAGCUAUAUAUGUGUGUUUUGUUGUUGUUUGGUUGUUUAGUCGUGUGUAUGUGUGUGCUAUGUUACUAAGUAUUGUGGAGCCACAGUGAAGUUAAAUGCUGUUUUUCCCCGGAGAGGGCUCAUGAAUUUGCUUUUCCAAAAACAAUUAGAGUCUCUGAUUUGCUUAUAAAUUCACUCACGUGCCAACAAUAAUGUAAAUUGUAAAAUUAAGGUGCCCUCCUUCCCUGCUGUGCCUUGUACGCAUAAAUCCAAUCUACAGAAUCUCAUGUUGGGUUUGCUUACAAUGUAAGCUUCCUUGGCCGGGGGGGGGGGGGGGACGGUAAGAACGCCAAAGUUUUGAUUAAAUGUUUUUGUAAUGUAUUUUCUUUAACACUCAACUUGGCCAGACAGUAGAAGGAUUUGCCAGGAGAAACCUUUUUUCUUUCUUUUUUAACAAAGAAAGCGGUAAUUGUUUUUGCCUUGUGACAGAAUUUGAAAUGAUAUAUAAGCCAGUUUAAGAUUAAUGGUUUCUUGAUAGGACAGGCCAAUGGUAUUAAUAGGGACUUCUUUUUUAGCAAAACAUAAUUAAGGCUCUUUUUGUGGGAAAAUUAUUUAUAACUUAGUCGUGCCUUCUCAUAAUAGGUGCUGGAGAAUAUAAUCAGCCAAUCCAAACAUACUGCCAAACCCUAUGGAUCCUUCAUCAUGCAAAUCUAUAAUUGUGUCUCCCUUCUGGCCUUUGAGGCUUUCAUGUUAUGGGGAGUUACUUUUUUAUUUUAAUGUGAUGCUCCAUUAACCAUUGGAUUUGCAAAAAUAGUCCUUGGAGUUCUGUCAGGUCCCUGCGGCCUGCUCUUUUGAAUGUAUCUGAGUAACAAGGCACGACCUAAGGGUAGUAGCACUUGUGCACAUUUCUGGAGACUGGUUCACACAAGGUAGUCCCCAUGCAAAUCACAUCAGUCCUGUGAGCAAGGCUGUGCAAAAAUGCUGCUGCAGUAUCUGUUAAGCUGGCUGAGAGUGUUAAGCAAUUGAUCUUUGUUUCAGUUUUUAGCCUACCUUAUUCUUGAUGGUUCAGGGCUGAUGGCCUUUACAGAUGCUCCAAAUUUUGUAUUUUUAAUCAGUGUUGAGAUGGUUGAGAUGCUGAAUUUGGAAUGUCUUCAGGAGAGAAUAUCCUCCAGGUCACACCAGUCUUCUCUUUGCUGCAUUGUCUGGUUGUUUUCUUUGUUCUUCGUUGGGGGGGGGGGCUGGGAGAAAAAUGUAACUGUAAUUUUUAAAGACUUUUUAAAAUCAUGCUUCCCAGUUAGGCAAGGAAUCUCAAAAGAUAUAAAAGCUCUUAGAGGAUUCCUCUUAUGUUUGAAGUUGUUUUUUUUUUUUAACAGACUAAAAGACUUCACCUUCCUCAUCUAUUGAGGGUGUAAAGAAAUUUGGCCAUGGCAAAUCAGCAGCCACAUUGCAAUAAAACUAUUAUAUUUACCCCUUGAUUAUAUAAACAUUGCCCUAAAUUCCAGCUGUGUGACUGCAGUCUGGAUUUUUAUAGCUGAAGUAGGAUAAUGUCACGUAAAGCGCACACUGCAUCCUGCAACCAAAUAUCAAAGUGCUACAUGUUUAUUCCUCCUUUUUACCUUUUGAAAUGCCCUGCUGGAAUUGGCACACACAACUUCUUGCAGUAAUCAGAUAGUGAACUAAAUUGGCUGGCUGAUCAAAUAUUCAGUAAAAUAACUUUGUCGGUAGCAGCUUUUUUUAUACCAUUAUGAUGCCGUUUGUUAACAAGGGCAGGAUUGAAGAUUACCAGUGCCAUAGCCCUGCAGCAACUGGGGGCAAAUACUGGCAAAACAGUUCCUAUGAUCCAUUUGCUAUAUACCAGCAGGCAUCUUCCAACAGGAACCCAAAGAGUCACCCAGGGUAAAAGUUGCUGCCUAGUACUACACAUCACUCCAUCUUACUGCAGGGAUCUGCAAGGAAUAGAUUGAGUAGCUUUUGAAAGAACUGAAAGUAUCGUUUGAAUUAAAAUAAACCAAGUCCUUCUCCAAGCAAGUCUUUAAAUUAUGGAGAGUCGGGGGAAGCCAAAACACAUUUUUUGUGCUGAUAAACAUAAAAGUUUUAAACAUACAACUCGAUUAUCUGCCUGAGCAAUGAACCAAAUCUUUUGAUCAGUCCAAUAUCCAGGUGCUGUUCUGUACCCAUAUGGUAGGAGGAGACUACUGUUAAUUUAAGUUUAGAAUUCAAAAGCCACAAGAAGAGUGUCGCCCAUUAACCUUCGAGGCUGAAUAACUAUGUGUAUAAUAACUAGUUCCCAACAUCUCCUAUCUUUAUCAUUCUUUUGUCAGCACCUUGCAUUACCCUAUUGUGAAUGAGAAAUAGGACACUGGGAAGGGUUAUGCAGAUAAGCACUGAGGAUUCUCAGUGGUGCUACUGCGUUCUGUAAGAAAGUAAAAGGUCUUCAGUCUAAAGUGAGGCAAAGAAUCUGAGAUUAUCCAGUGGCAUACUUGAGCGUAUGCCAUGACCUUAUACCAGAUAAGUAAAUGUUUCGUUCUUUGUAAAUUUGUUCCUUUCAGAGAAAAGUAAAGCACUGCAUUGGGCAGGGGCAAAACUACCCCAAUGAUGAUGGAAGAAAACAGCACAGCAAUAGGGGAAGGGGAAAUUCUCUUCCUAAUCUGCCUGUCAGCAGCUGCCAUCUGCCAGAAGGGAAGAGCAUUAUUUAUUUGGACGCUUCUAUCCUUCUUAGCAUUCUUGGUCAGUUUGAGUUGAAGAGGAGCUAGAACUAGGUUUGACUAUGCUUGUAGCAGUGGCUUCAGAUGGAUGAGAGGGCUGGGGAUAGAAGAUUUCUGCAUCUCUUACUUUUCACUCUAGCAUUCUUUCUUUUUUUAACGGCUGUCAAUGUAGUAGGUAGAAGAAGUUGCAGAUGGAGACCAUCUUUACCAUUUGUGGAAUGAAGGGGGGUAAGGAUUGGGGAGGGUUGAAGAAUUUUUUUCCGGGUAGCUAGCUUAGCAGUAAUAGUCAACAUUUUGGGAAUUGUGCCACAAGGAGAGUCAUACAGACAAGAGAGAAUGUCUGCAGAAGGAUGGAUGGAGAACAAAGUAGAUCAGGACCUCUUGGUAGAUCUCUGAGUGAUUUGAUAGAUUAGCAAGGAUUUCUGACUCUCAGUUGUUUAGCAGUUGGGAACAGCAGGUACAUUUCCCUCUUUAAAUAACGAUGCUGAAAUGAAGAAAACUAGGGGUAACCAGGAGCAGACUUUUAUGUGAAAGGAAGGACUAUGAGCUCAGUUCAGUCUGGGUACCGAAAACAAAUUCCUAUUCUCAGAAUGUUCUUGGGGGCACUCUGUUCUAACUCUGUGUCUCUUGUACCUGGCUUUGCCUGCUAGAUCUUGAGUUUCUGUUAAAAAAAAAGAGGAUAAUUUACAGGCCUAAAGUCUGCCUACCCCUGCUCUAAUGCACACUAACAGUAUGAAUUCAGGGUGGUGGUGCGUAUUGAGUUGGGUUGGGGAUGGGAUUGGAGCUCUCCUUCCCUCCCCCCCAACCAUCAGACAUGACGAAUGCUAGUAUAAAAAAAAGGAGACUGAAUUCAAAAGAUCUUAUUUAUACAAGAAAACAUAUAAUGUCCUGUUGAACAGUGGCCAGAUACAUUCCCAGACACAGAUUUGUUGGCCCAAGCUGCUGAAGGCUUUUUAAAUGGAUUGUUUUGGCAGGACAAAUUAUAUUAAUGGAAAAACAUAAGAAAGACCAGAUGCAGGUUUUUGAAUUUCCAUAAAUGGUUAACAGAUUACAGGAGAACACUGUAAAUAUCUCGUCUACAGAAGCCCAUGCUGAAAGUUGGCUCUGUUCUGUCCUGCAUCAUAUUAUAUUCAGAAACAGAUAUUAUGGCAAAAUUAGGCAGUAGUGGAGAAAAGGUGCUUGGAUUUCACAGCUAAGGCAGGGAUUCAGCCUAACCAUUAAUCGUAGAUGUAUAAUAUCAAACUGAAUACUGUAUUAUAUCAUUAUAAAAGCAAUAAUUUAUCAAGAAAUCUUUAUCUUUCUUUUUUUGUUUCAUUUAUAUUCAUUCUUACUUCCAAACAACUUGAGGUACUGGGCAUGAUUCUCCCGCCUUCUUUUAUCGUCGCAGCAUCCCUGUGAUGUAGGUUGGACUGAAAGAGAGUAGGUGGUCCCAGGUCGUUCAGUGAGAUCUUCAUAGCCAAAUAGAGAUUUAAACUUGAAUCUCCGCAGUCCUAGUCUGAUACACUAGUUUGGUUUUACUUUUGUAGUUGUAUUUAUAUCAAAGAAAAGACAGAGGGGUGAUUGAGUACUUCAUUUCAAUCUGACUAUCCUAACAUUAGCUAAAAUUGGCCUUGCCUAUUUUUUUAUUCUUUAAUUGCACAUCCGGUGGGUAGUAUCCAAGUAACUCAUUCCAUCAGCACAAGAAUUUCCACUUGUGUAACAGAACUUGCCCUCAUGCUCCCUAAAACUGUUCUGGGGUUUCUCACAACCUUCCAGAGCGGGUUUGGGGAGGAUACAGUUUGCAUGUGAAGGUGGGGGAGUUCCAUUGCGCAAGCAGACAUUGUUGGGGUGAGUUAGUUGAGACACCAAUCAGUUCAUUUUAAAGCUUCAUUCUUAUAUAGUGGCCCAAAGAGUUUAUUAAAUACUGCCAAAUGGUUGUUGAUCCUUAUAAUCUUAUCUUCUCAAAUGGUGAAUCUUGAAUCAUAGGUGUAAAUGUAGUUUGUAAAAGAAACUUUCAAAAAUAAAUAUCUUUUUUUAAAAAAGAUAUGUACAGUGGUGCCUCACAAGACGAAAUUAAUCCGUUCCGCGAGAGUCUUCGUCUAGCGGUUUUUUCGUCUUGCGAAGCAAGCCCAUUGACGGAUUAGCGCUAUUAGCGCUAUUAGCGGUUUAGCGGCUAUUAAAGGCUUAAAGGCUUAGGGGAUUAGCUGCUAAAAGGCUAUUAAAGGCUAUUAAAGGCUUAGCAGAUUAGAUAAAGGGGGAAGCGAAAAAAAUCUCAAGACUCGCAAGGUAUUUUCGUCUUGCGAAGCAAGCCCAUAGGGGAAUUCGUCCUGCGAAGCAACUUCAAAACGGAAAACCCUUUCGUCUAGCGGUUUUUCCGUCUUGCGAGGCAUUCGUCUUGCGGGGCACCACUGUAGUCCACCAGACCUAUUUAAACAAAAAUUCAACAUGUACUCACAAUGACUGUUUGGAUUAUCAAAUCCUAGCUUAUUCAACCAGGAUAUGCAAAAUUUCUGUGCACCCACGCACAGUCCCGUUGGGUGAGAGGGAAGCUAGGUAGGAAGCUGCAGUUCUCCACAGCUUCUCAUGCAGUCUGAUAUGGGAGCUAUGUUAAACCAAUUUGCAGAAGUCAAUUUUAAACCAUGGUUUUGUACACUAGCUUGUUUGGACGCCAUUAGCCAUAGUUCCCAGUUUGGACUUAAUGUGAAGCUAUUGUUCAUUGUGGCUUCCUGGCUUAUUUCCUGCUUGUAUGAAUAGAGGAACAAAGGGGCUGUGCGUGGAGCUCAAAUAUAUACUGGUUUAUUAAGCCCAGAUUUAUCUUACUUAACACUCUCUGUAAACUGCUUUGAGGGUUGUUGUUUUUAAAAAACGGAACAGUGUAUAAAUUUUGUGAAAUAAAUAAAAUAAGGUUGCAUGGAAUAUGUCCUUAGCCAUGUGUUUUAGAUUUGUCCUGCUGCCCCUGACUUCUUCCACUCAGUGGCUCAGUUCGCAUGUUGUAUUAAAUCACAGUGAGUGUCUAACUGUGGGUUAAAAUGGACAAGCAUCAUGCUGAUGUUCAGAACUCCUGCUUCGCUUUUCCCCAUUCCUGGCCAUGCUGCCCUGUGAGCAACAACUCCCAAACCUUGGUUUGUUGUUAGCAUGGACAAGAGCCAGGGAGCAGCAGAGUAGAAGCCUUUGAGUAGUGUGUACCAGCACACCGCUCAUUUUGCAUUAAGCCAUAGUUAAAAUCAUUUGAAGUGACUUGCAUACACAGCCUAUGUCAGGGUAAUGUGACAGGUAUUUUAACACAAAUUGAAAAGUAAAGCUUUUUCCACAUGUAUCGCCCUUCUCUGAAACAACUCUUGCGUAGUAUUUGCUCUGUGCCAAUUUAUAAUCCUUUUCAUUGGGUAGAAAUUUGGACAGGUUGCUUCAAACUGUAAAAAGCAAAAAGGCAUCAUUAUAAUCCUUGCCUUGCUUUUAUUGUAUCAGCAAAAGCCAGGGAACAUGAUCCAUUGUAAAAUCCCAGUUUUUGCCAUUUUAGGAUGGAAAAAUAGGACUGGGAUAGAGUUUUGACCCAUAAUUUUUCAGCAGAAUGAAUAAAAGGGAAGCUAAACUCAUAUUUGCACAGCACAUAUUUUUGAGAAACUCUUCCGCUAGGACCUCUAAUGAGUACAUCAGUUUUGUGUAUAAAAUUAUUAUAGCAAAAGUUUUUUUCGCCUGUAGGUGAACUCAAACAAGAAAUGUUAGAAGAUGCACAGAAUAAGCUAAUGAACCUCAUAAACAGCACAGAAGGAAAAGUGGACAAGUGAGUGAUUUUUAAGUGUUUUUAAUUUGAAAGUUAAGUUAUUUGGAGAAGUACAAGCUUGGCACAGUAAAAUAAUGGCUGUGGUGGCCUCUGAUAUGGUUUAAAACAGGCUUGCUGGUUAUUCAAUUAAGCUCAGUUCAUUAAGUUCAAUGGGUCUAAUGUGAGUAAAUGUUAGUUUAAUGUUAUCCCCCUUUUUAUUAAGACUGUGACAUUCAAUUGACUUAUUACUGAAUAAUUGAUUAAAGAUCAUUCAGAUUAUUUUUUAAAAGGUCCCCAAUUGGCAAGGAGCUGUAUCAGUGCUUCCGAAGCCGGGAGAGACCAUGAACCAGAAACUCAAAAAGUUUGCUUUUUGUUGCCUCUCACACAUUGCCUCAGCAGCUGUUGGAGUCGGGUCUGCUCUGCUCCACCUCCCUUCCUCCUUCCUUCGUCAGUCCCAUAUUCCUGCCUGCCUCCCUCUGCUCACUGCUUUCCCUUCUGCCUCCUCCCUCCCUCCCUUUUUCUUUCUCCCUGGCUCUCUCCAUCUUUCUUCCCUCUGAGCCCUGCUGAACACUCCACUCACACUUCUAAUAGCAACACCUGGCUAAUUGGGGAGGGGCCCCUGCAGGAGGGCUGUUGCGACGUCCCAUGUCAGUGACCAGAUUCCUCCACCGGGGCACCCAGAGGAGUCUGCAUGCCUUGUCCAGCCACCCAGAGCAGCGGAGGAUUGACCUGGGAAGGCACAGAUAGUGGGUGGGUGCCUAGCCACUCGGAACCAGAGAGACAUGAGCUUUGCACACACACACACCUGGCCUGCAUACACACACACACACACACACACACCUGGCCUACACCCUUGGUGGGGGCAAACCUAACCAACCCUAAGUACACCCCUGAGAAUAAAGAGAGAUAUUCAGUUCAGCCUUGUUCCAUAUGGUCAGCAUAGGACUAUAUAUUAGUUUUCACCCCCUUUCCAAAAUAAAGGUUUUAAUCUAGGUUUCUGGUUGAUGUUUACUACAGUCACACAAGGAUUCCCUGCCACCGCAGUUUGUGAAAACUGUUUCUACGGAACUAUAUCCCAUAAGGUUCCUGACCUGUAAAUUUCCUUGGGAUUUAGCUCCUAGCACAAGAUGACCUCAUUUCAACUUCAGCUGAUGAUUAAUGAAUUAAAUACCUGGGCAGUACUUACCUUUUCCUCACACGCAUGCUUAACUUGACUUACCUUUUCGCACAGGUGUUUAACUUGCCUGUCCGCUUCAUGCCUUUACCUUUUCCUUUGUCACUGGGGCUGAGAUGGUUCUUCAACUGGGCUCCCCUCAUGUUCUUUGUACAGAUGAAUCAUCAUGAUGAUAGUGUGCCAUAAGCAAAGCUUUGGAGUGCAAAAGGUGCUCCACCCUCACUUUUCUCUGUUACUAGCAAUGCCAAGCGAUGUUUUGACUGCUUUUGUGUCCCCUUUGGUAGAGUCUUGAUGAGGAAUCUCUUCGUUGGACAUUUCCACACCCCAAAGAAUAAACGUCAUGAAGUGCUAAGGCUGAUGGGAAGUAUCCUGGGAAUAAAAAAGGAAGAAUUAGAACAGGUAGUUCUGAUAUGUCUCAUUGCUAUUUUCCUCCUCUCCUGCAAUAUCAAUACACCAGCAUGCUUUCUUCUUUUGCUGGGCUAGGCACAAGGGACAACCAGUCAUCUACCAUGCUAGAAUGGAACAAGCUGUAUAUUUUCCAAACAUGUUACAAUGUUUACCAUUAUUUUAAUAAUAUAAAAUCCAUCCAGACACGUAAAUGUUCACCAAAGGUCUGCAUCCGUUGAUGUUGAUUGUGUGGCUUAAAUUCUUACAUAUGUAUCCAGAUUGUCUGUUUGAAACGAGCUUUCUCAGUGUAUAUAAUUUUUGUUCUGGCUGAAUUUUUUACACAAGUAAAUUUUAUAAACAAACUUUGGUUGGUUUGUUCUUUAAUAAAAUUGAAGUAAAGAUUCUGUUUGAUUCUAAGUGUUAGAAGUAGGUGUGGAUUGUAACCUUUUCUUUUUGUUUUAAUUUGCUCUCUAGUUGCUGUCAGAAGAUCAAAAAGGUGUUACUCGAUGGGUGACUGGGUGGUUUGGUGGAGGAGGUGCUGGAUCAAAGAGUGUCCCCAACACACCUCUGAGACCAACCCAUCACUCAAUUUUCAACAGUGUAAGUAUUUUCCAUUGUCUGCUUUUGUAUAGAAAAUGCAGGACUUCCAUAUUAUAACUGCUGUCAACCUAGGUCAUUGUUACACUUGCAGAAUUAUUGAAGGUGUUUGCAUUUUAAAACCAGUGUCAAAUAACUCGAUUGUGUUAAAAUUAGAAUCCUAUUCAUACUAAGAUAGUUGUGCACCAUCUUGAACAGAUGAGCCAGCUAUAUAUCAUUUAUUUCCAGAAAUGCUGUUUGUAUUGAGUUAAUUUGUCUCCACCUGUUCAGUCUUUCUCAGAGCUAUUUGUGAAGUUCCUUGAGACUGAAUCCUGUCCAACUCUUCCCCCACCAAAACUCUCUGUUCAUGACAUGAAAGCUUUAGCAUCAACAGGAAUCAGCAAAGCCACUGUUAGUCCUUCUAGCAACAUUGCAGGUAGUGUGUUUUUAUAUUCCUAAUACACAAAAUGUUACGUUGAAUCUGAGUGUUGACUUGUUGAUUGUUGUCUUUCCAAGUUUAUAUUUAUUUGGAUGCACAGUGUAAGGAGGAUGAAAAAUAAAAUUAGAAGAAUUUUCUCCUUGCCAAGGUUCCAGCUGGGGACAGCAAAGCGAUAACCAUUGUGUGACCUGAAAGCCACUGUUCUACCUAUUUUUUUUACUGCAAGGCCAUGAAUUUUAACCUGGAUUUCCAGGUUGCAAUGUAGCAACAAAUAAAUACUGUACAGUGGUGCCUCAGGUUACAUACGCUUCAGGUUACAGUCUCUGCUAACCCAGAAAUAGUGCUUCAGGUUAAGAACUUUGCUUCAGGAUGAGAACAGAAAUCGUGCUCUGGCAGCACGGCGGCAGCAGGAGGCCCCAUUAGCUAAAGUGCUGCUUCAGGUUAAGAACAGUUUCAGGUUAAGUACGGACCUCCGGAACGAAUUAAGUACUUAACCUGAGGUACCACUGUACAAUGCUGAUGGAUGAGUUAAAUAGGCCUUGCAGAAUAUGGUUUUUGAUAUAACUUUGAAACUAAACUUUAGUCGUUGUGAAUGUUUGGUUUCAGAUUGCUGCAGUAAAGCUGGAGAAUUUCCAGUCUGAAAGCUUAUCUUUGAAAGUUUACAUUUUUAAAUAAAUUUAUGUUUUAUAUGCCUUUUGUCCUCGUUGCUUGAAGGUGCCAUAUUUGGUUUGGCAGUCACCCAGUUUUCUUGUCUGGACGAAAUGUUCACAGGGACUUUGUCCACACAGGAACAGGAUUAUUGUCCUAUAGAACCAGACACCCAUCCUAUAUCCCUGAAUUGUUUGGGUUUUUAAGAUUUCUUUUAUAUAUUAAGAAUAGGUUAUCAGACAUAAAUACAUUCUUUCAAGGUUUCACUCAGUGAGCAAAAGAUUUAUCUGUGACCUUGAUGUUAACUCCUGACAGACUUUCUUCUUCUUCUUCUUUUAGAAGAAAAACUACAUUUCUGUUCACAGGCUUGUAGUUAAAUCUUUACAAGGUCUCAUUCACACAAAAUGGUCUUGCAACUGCGUUGUGAAUUCUCCAGGUGGAAAUCUUUGUGUGUGCAGAAUCUUGCCACACUGAUCUGAUUAUUCACUACACAACUGAUAAUUUAUUUACCUUUUGGUGGGAGUUGCUUUUCCAGAGACCAUUGCACUUACGAUUUGCGUGAUUUUCACGAGGGUGUGUCUGCAGUGUUCAAAGUAACUAAUAGCUUGUUGGGUGGCAGCAGUAAUCGGCUCCCCCUGGGGAAAGAAGUGGUCCUCCUGGCUUUGAAAGAGGCUGUGGUGAGAGGGCCCUGGAAAGAGGGAAGGGGGAAAUAAUUCAUUAGGUCAGAUCUACUUUUGGGAUUGGAACACUGCCUUGGUCACCCAGUUGGAUGACCUGCACCUGGAGAUGGAUGGGGGUAUGGUCUCAUUAUGUUAGGGUGUUUUUCUAAGAAUGACACUUUUUAGGCCAUGACUUUUCUGUAAGAAUGAUUUUUUAAAUACUACUACUAAUAAUAAUAAUAAUUUUACUACUGCGCUUUCUGUCAGAUCCAACAGGCUCAGGAACCACCAGAAGACCAGAUGCAAAUCCAUUCCUUGCACCCCGGUCAGCAGCAGUCCCUCUCAUCACCCCAACGAAUCUUGGAACUGGCGGAUCAGGGCAUCUGCUUAUGAAACCCAUUUCUGAUGCUCUGCCUACUUUCACACCUUUGCCAGUAGCACCUGAUGCUAGUGCUGGGGCAGUACUAAAAGACCUGCUAAAGCAAUAGAGAAUUUUGGGUCCAAGGAUGGCAAUGAUAGAAGCACUUUAAGGAGAAAAGAAAAAAAACCUGAGUUUAUAUAAUAUACCGCAAAGAGGCCUUUUGUAAAAAGUUGUUUGUUUGUUCAUUUUCAAUUGCUUGUAAGUUGCUUUGUGUGUCUUUCUCUUUGCCCCUUAAAAAGUGAAGUUUGGAACUAAUCCAGCAAUAUUUGGAUGUUGUAACCAUCACAGGAAAAACAGCCCUUCCUAUAUUAGUUUGCCGAGUUAAUUUUCAAAUUGAAAAAGCUGAUCUACAUGUGAAAUAACAGGUUAGCAUUGGAGAACUUAACAAAUCAGCUCAAGGCUUUCCAACCAUGUAUUCUGUUUCUUUCUUUGACAAAUGAGGUGUUACAUAGAGUGCCUUUAUAUAAAAAGGACACAACUUCUCUAGAAAGGGCUGCAAGCACAUUAGGAAUCCAGCUCGGUGUCAGGAUGCAGACAGCAUCCAGGAUGCAUCUGGUCCAUUUAAGUAUCACUUCGCUGAUUCCAGCCAACGCCUUCUGGAGCCUGGAAUGAUGGGGAAACAAAUGCAAUCUGCUGUUUGUUUUGAGGGAGCCUGGGGCCAUAUGUUCCCAGUCCUUGAACUGAUGAACAGAUACUGAGCCCAGUCGUGGCAUUUCAGUCUGGAAAAGCCUUCCCUUCAUAAAGCGGGAGGAAACUUGCUUUGAAGUAUCCAGUGUUGUAUUGAUCUAGAAUGUGUUCAUGUGGUCAAGUAUCCUCUCUUGAGCCAGAAUGGGUUGUACUGCAACACGAUCUUCUGAAAGCAUAAAGUACAAGUAGGAGGUUUCCAAACUAAAUGGCGUCAGCUGACCAAGUCAAUUUUUUAGGAAUGCUGGAGAUAACAGGAUCAUAAUUGUGUUGACCAAAAAUUCAGCAUAAUCCAAAGCCAAUUUUUUUGAAUAUGGAGGAUGGGCUGGUAUCUGUGAAAGAAGUUGCUUCUCUUAAAGUUCUCUGAGAAUUCAUAGUUGCGGGUUUUUGUUUUGUGUGCAAGAACAUUAACACCCCAUAAAUGUUAUUAAUGGGUAACACCUCAGUUGGCAUUUCUUAGCUCCUAGUAGCUACUUGGAACAAUGAAAACUCAAAACUAACCAGCAAUAAGGAGUUUGUGGACAUUUUUCCUUUAUUUUUUGUUGCAUAUCAGCAUUUAGUGACUGACCACUAAUAAGCAACCUGAUAUUCCCUAUGUAUAUUCAUGGUGUGUGUGGUUGAAAUAUGCAAUACUUUAAUGGUUCAAAAUGUAUAUUUAAGAAAUGCUUGCUUAUACUUACAGAAUUGAUUGAAAAUUCCAAGUAUGAACGUAUGUAUAAAGCUUAAAAGGAAGAUGCUUAUUCCAAAUAUGUAUAAAUAGGUCUACGUAAGAACUAGUAGAAUUCUGUAAAUUUUGCUGCACAGUCUUGCACAGUUUAUAUUGAGUGUGUCAGUGUAUUGACACAUGUAAUGAAAGGGGUUCCUGCCACCUUGGAAAAAUAAGUUGAGACACAACAUCUGUUUAAAGUGUCAGGUUUUUUUCUAUAAAACUUGAGUUUUCUGCCAUUGUUAAUAAUAUAAUCGGUAUUGAAAGGUAUUUUGUGUAAGUUCUAUAUUAGAACUCACAGCCUUUUCUCCUGUGUAUCUUAGUUUUUGCCCUGCAGUUUGAACUGUAAGUAUAGGCUGAAUCACGGAUAUUUAGUUGCCUGGAAGCUGCCAAAUCAAUGAAUCACAAAGCCUUUUGUUUAUAUUUAUUGAUAGCAUUCUAAAUCCAUAUAGGUGAAUCUCUGGCAAGGUUUCAUGAGUUUAUAUUCAUAAUGAAGUGUUACAUUUUGGCAUUUCAUAUCCCCAACAUUCUUCAUUGACUCUGUUUUUGUAGAUUGGGGUUUUUGCAAAUAAGGCAAACAUAGGUUAGGGAUUGGAAGUGUAUGAACUUUUAAUCUAUAAACUUCCAAAUGGUUUCUUCGCACAUCUUAAUGUUGAGUUUAUAGGCCACUUGAAACAUUGCUUUCCUUGAAAAACCAACUUUAUAGAAUGGCUAUAAUUUUUCCAAUGGACUAUAAAGAAAACUUAAAAUAUGUGUUGCGUGCCUUCUUUCUGUCGCAUACGUUUUAUAUCUGUGUGGUUGCUUUAGCAUACAGUUCUUAAAACUACUUACUGUUAAUGAUGCAACAAAUGAAACUAAGCAGACAUAAGAACAGAGGAAGUUUCACAUCACGGUGGAUUUUGCAUUUGUAUGUCAGUACUUCUUGCCAUAGUUGUGUGAUUUCAUGUUCAUGCAGUGCAAUGUACUGAACUGGGCACAAAAUUCAACAUUUUGGUAAUGUCAGCUUUCCUUUUUAUUAAGUUUUUUGUCAUCAUUACAAAACCAGACAAUAGCUCAGAAUGUGAUGAGAAUGUGGGAUCUUUCUCCUCAAUUAUUAAACGAAUCAGAAUGUAUUAUAAUGGAAGUUUCAUAAUUUAUGCAGGUUGGAAAAACCACUGUUCCUUGACAUGGGGAAGAGGUCAGUU